GGGCCAAUGACAGGGCGACGAGCGGCGGGGUCGGGCCUUGACGUUGUGCCGCUCGCCGCGGGGUGUAUUUGGCUCCGGGGCCCCUCGCCGCCGCCAUUAGGAGCCCGCUGCGCCCGAGGCCGUCCCCCCUCCUCUCUCCCCCCUCCCCCCGGCGUCCCCCCGCCUCCGCGCCUGCUCUCCGCCCCUCUGCCCCCGCCCCCGGCAGCGGGAGCCGCGCGCGGGCCCGCGGAGACCAUGUCCUGACUGAGGGGAGAGGGCGGAGGCGGCAGCAGCGGGGCGCGCGGCGGCGCGGAGGGAGGCCGAGAGGGGCCGGGCCCGGCUCGUCGCCGCGGGCUGCUCGGGGAGUCGCCGCCGCCGCCGCCGCCGCCGCGGCCGCCGGGCGCCGAGCGUCGGACCGGGAGGAGGAGCAGGAGCUGGAGGAGGAGCCGCCGCCGCCAGAGCUGGUACUGUCAAGGAGCUGGGAAGUGGAAAGGAGAAGUGAUCCUCUUCAGUGUGGAUCAUCUUUACAGCUUCCUGCCUGACAUAACUCACUUCAAGAAGUGCACAAUGUCAGAACGUGGAAUUAAGUGGGCUUGUGAAUACUGUACGUAUGAAAACUGGCCAUCUGCAAUCAAGUGUACCAUGUGUCGUGCCCAAAGACCUAGUGGAACAAUUAUUACAGAAGAUCCAUUUAAAAGUGGUUCAAGUGAUGUUGGUAGAGAUUGGGAUCCUUCCAGCACCGAAGGAGGAAAUAGUCCUUUGAUAUGUCCAGACUCUAGCGCAAGACCAAGGGUUAAGUCUUCGUACAGCAUGGAAAAUGCAAAUAAAUGGUCAUGCCACAUGUGCACAUAUUUGAACUGGCCAAGAGCAAUCAGAUGCACUCAGUGCUUAUCCCAGCGUAGGACCAGGAGUCCCACAGAAUCUCCUCAAUCCUCAGGAUCUGGCUCAAGACCAGUUGCUUUUUCCGUUGACCCUUGUGAGGAAUACAAUGAUAGAAAUAAGCUGAACGCAAGGACCCAGCAUUGGACUUGCUCUAUUUGCACAUAUGAAAACUGGGCCAAGGCUAAAAAAUGUGUUGUUUGUGAUCAUCCCAGACCUAAUAAUAUUGAAGCAAUCGAGUUGGCAGAGACUGAAGAGGCUUCUUCAAUAAUAAAUGAGCAAGACAGAACUCGAUGGAGAGGAAGCUGUAGCAGUGGCAACAGCCAAAGAAGAUCGCCACCGACCGCAAAACGGGACUCUGAGAUGAAAAUGGAUUUUCAGAGGAUUGAAUUGGCUGGUGCUGUUGGCAGCAAGGAGGAACUAGAAGUGGACUUCAAAAAACUGAAGCAAAUUAAAAACAGGAUGAAGAAGACUGAUUGGCUUUUCCUCAAUGCUUGUGUGGGGGUUGUAGAAGGUGAUUUAGCUGCUAUAGAAGCAUACAAAUCAUCAGGAGGGGACAUUGCCCGUCAGCUCACUGCAGAUGAAGUGCGCUUGCUGAACCGUCCUUCCGCUUUCGAUGUUGGCUAUACUCUGGUACAUCUGGCUAUACGUUUUCAGAGGCAGGAUAUGCUAGCAAUAUUGCUUACAGAGGUGUCUCAACAAGCUGCAAAGUGUAUUCCAGCAAUGGUGUGUCCUGAACUGACAGAGCAGAUCCGGCGCGAGAUAGCUGCCUCUCUUCAUCAGAGGAAGGGGGAUUUUGCUUGCUAUUUCCUAACUGACCUUGUCACAUUUACGUUGCCAGCAGAUAUUGAAGACUUGCCUCCAACAGUCCAAGAAAAAUUAUUUGAUGAGGUGCUUGAUAGAGAUGUUCAAAAAGAGUUAGAAGAAGAAUCUCCAAUUAUAAAUUGGUCCUUGGAAUUGGCUACACGUUUGGACAGUCGGCUAUAUGCACUUUGGAACCGGACUGCAGGAGACUGCUUACUUGAUUCAGUACUACAAGCUACCUGGGGCAUUUAUGACAAGGACUCGGUGCUUCGGAAAGCCCUGCAUGACAGCCUGCAUGACUGUUCACAUUGGUUUUAUACACGUUGGAAAGAUUGGGAGUCCUGGUAUUCUCAGAGCUUUGGUUUACAUUUUUCCUUGAGAGAAGAACAGUGGCAAGAAGACUGGGCAUUUAUACUCUCGCUUGCUAGUCAGCCUGGAGCAAGUUUGGAACAGACCCACAUUUUUGUACUUGCACAUAUUCUUAGACGACCAAUUAUAGUUUAUGGAGUAAAAUAUUAUAAAAGUUUCCGGGGAGAAACUUUAGGAUAUACUCGGUUUCAAGGUGUGUAUUUGCCUUUGUUGUGGGAACAGAGUUUUUGUUGGAAAAGUCCGAUUGCUCUGGGUUAUACAAGGGGCCACUUCUCUGCUUUGGUUGCCAUGGAAAAUGAUGGCUAUGGUAACCGAGGUGCUGGUGCUAACCUGAACACCGAUGACGAUGUCACCAUCACGUUUCUGCCUCUGGUUGACAGUGAGAGGAAGUUACUCCAUGUGCACUUUCUUUCUGCUCAGGAGCUAGGUAAUGAGGAACAGCAAGAAAAACUGCUCAGGGAGUGGCUGGACUGCUGUGUGACUGAGGGGGGAGUGCUUGUGGCCAUGCAGAAGAGCUCUCGGCGGCGGAAUCAUCCCCUGGUCACACAGAUGGUAGAAAAAUGGCUUGACCGCUACCGACAGAUCCGGCCUUGUGCAUCCCUGUCUGACGGAGAGGAAGACGAAGAUGAUGAAGAUGAGUGAAAAACAGUCAGGGAGCAGAAGACCAAGGCAUCAGCUCUGUGGCGGCCCCACAUUAGUGGAGCGCUCCACACAGAAUGCAUGGCGUGGAAUGAAGCAAAUCUGGCAGGAUCUGCUCGGAAGGGUUUUUCUGAUCCACACCCAACAGAGGUGAUGCAUCUGCUGUGUGAGGAGACAGAGAACUUAGGACUACAGUUUGUAAAAAAAACUAAUUUUAUUAAGACAGAACUUUUUCCCUUUCAAAUUGUAAAUCUGUCUAUAAAUGUAACGCAUGUGGUUGUGUAAGAAGUUGUGUAAUAGGAAAAGUCGUACCAGCAUCUUCAUCUUAUUGAGAAGUUUUUUCCAGCAUGGGCACCUCCAGAAGCACAUGGCAGAUCACUCUUUGUUCCUUUGAGAUAAUUCUUUAAGUAGAACCUGGCAUUCUACUUCCAUCGUAAAAGAUCCAUUUUACCAUUAUGUCUCACUAGAGCUCGUUAAAGAGAUUUGGAAACUUUUUGUACAAAUUAUCCACAGCAAAACAUAAAAAUAAAAACAAGCUUUUAUUUUUAUUAAUAAUUUAGUUCCUGUUGUGCCCAAUAAAAUAAAAUCAAAUCUUUAAGGAACAAACUGUAAGAAAAGUAAGAAUUUUUUAUUGAGUGAACUUCACAUAGACAUCGUUCCCUUGUUUUGGAAUGGGUUUUGGUUUCUAUUAUUUUGUGUUUUUAAAGUUUCUGAUAUGCCCCUGUUCACUAUUUAGGAAUUUGUUUGGAAGAGUGCCCUUAAAAUGAGGGUUCUUCUACCAGACUCUGGGCAGCAGUCUCUUCGUGAGUAGUUAUUCCGUGGAUGUAAAUUAGGGGAGUGCUUGGGGGAGCCGGCCCACUCAUAACUGAAUGAAUUGUGUGGAAUUUGCUCACUUGACUCUGUGAUAAUGUUAUGCUCCCAGGUUGCCAUGUAAGGGGUCUUUAGAUUCUUACUGUCUUUUAUCAUUGACUCUGCUUUAAGCCAGUUGUAUUGGAAAGGCAUGCCUUUGCUUGGGCGAAUUGGGAGUAUCAGUUCAGUAUAGAAUAAAGAUUUAAGAACACAGUAAGGUGGUAAAAUGCAUUGUAUAAUGAAUUUCUCAGUGAGUAGUCUGAGAAUUUUUGCAUGUUGGUUAAUUGUGGCCAUUCUUAUUUAAAGUUAAGACUAUAAUCUUAGGUAGGAAAACUUUCUAUAAAAAGUAUUAUUUGACCACUUCAGGUAUACAUUCAAUACUGGGUAAAAAUUUCAGACCUAUCUCAGGAACACAGAAGACUUAGUGUCCUGAUAAGCACUUUGUAUAGACUAUUGAUGUGGCAAGGAAUUUGGAAAGAAGCCCUACACACACACACACACACACACACACACACACACACACACACACUCACUUUCUUUCCCUUUGAUGAAAAGGCUGUGAAAACCUUUAAAUAUUUGCUUCUUGUUUUCUUCUGAGUUCUGUUUAGAUGGUGUUGAAAUGUUCACAACCUCAGAUUUGAGGCUGGAACACUAAAAAUAGAAAAAUACCUAUAAGAUGUCAUACCUUCAGUUCUUUCUUCCCUCUCUGAACACUCACUGAAAAGUGUUCCCAGGAUGAAAGGAUCGCUUUUGCUGCAUGCUAAAACUUGCAGGAAAAAUAUUUGCAAUUUGAUUCCAUAUAAAUGAAUGCGGAUACAAUAAUGGUAUAUGUUACUGUUUCAAGUGGUUAAUGUUUUCUUACAAAUUGACUAUGGUUCGCUUUCAUUUUGGACAGUAAUUAAUCAAGUUUUUAGAAGGCUGCCAUUCUGAUUACUUAGCAUAGCAUCCCUAUAAACUUUUCUCCAUAUAUAGGAAGAAUUCUUCAAUGGCCAGACAUCCUGUUCUAGUUGCUGUUAAGCAAAAACUACCCUCCCAGUUGAAGAAGCCAAAGAGAAAUGUUUGAGGGAAAAGCAUCUAGUUGCUAGGGUCUGCAUUGCAGCCAGUGCUGUUUGGAAAAUUGCAGGCUCAGUCUUUAGCCUCUGUGUGUUGUGUUCUGCUGAGUGGUGUGUCCCCUGAGGUGCCUCUUUAUUUAUUUAUGUAUAGAUCAGUGACCCUGACCACAUCUAGCUUAACAGGUAUAACAUUCUUCCCUGUGGGAAAGAAUUACACACACACACACACACACACACACACACACACACACACACACGACUCCAUUUCCUAGACUCCAGACAGGGAUGGGGCUUUAAAUGGUUUUACAGCAGAUUGGCUGGUAAAAGCCAGCAUUUUGGUGAAUCAGUGCUGUGUUAAGCUCUUGAACUAUCAAACAGCCAUAACUGUUGUCCCAAGAUAGAGUUUGUAGUCCUUUCUCAGAUUAUAUGUGGCAGGGUAACAGAUACUGUAUAUCUUCUGGUUGACUCUGGACAGUAAUACCUGAACUGUAUGGUUCUUUUUCUAGGGAGACUACAGUGUGGUGUUUUCUGUUCUAAUUAAAACCCAGGUGGCACCAUGGAUGUGGACCUGCCUUUUUGUUUUUGGCUUUUAGGCUUGUGUUGCAGACUUAAUCUGUGUUAAGGGACUACUGCUGUGCAUAGGCGGUUGGGGUCUCCUUUUGGUGCAUAUGUCAUCCCCUCACUGACUGCCUAUUUGACAAGUGGUUACGAAGAUGAUAUUGAACUGCCAUCUGCUUCCUGGAGUUGAUAGGUCAGUAACCAUAUGCGCCAUCUCUGGCCAGGGUAGCUCUAUCCAUGUCACGUGGUUUUAAUGUAAUUUGUCGUGGGUGAGUUCGGCCGGGACCACCACCUUAAAAUGAGGGCGUGAGGAGGUUGAUGCUUUCAGUUGCUAUUUUUUUUAAAACGGGGGGGUGGGGGGGAUGGGGUGCAAUUGUAAAGGAGUUUGGUAUCUGGAAUUGUUGGGCUUAACUGACAUUUGCAGAUACCACUAGUAGUAAGGGGUUUAAUGCUAUCUAAAAAGGAAGACCCGUUAAAUCAACUGAAGUUUUUAACAUAUGGAAAUGGCUGAUGUUAAUUAUUUUGCAACAUUUCUUUGUAAAUAUCAUUAAAAAAAUUUUUUUUUGAGAUUCACCUCCCUGCAUUAAUGCUUGAGCCAGGUAAUUUUGCUUUUGGGUAAAUUAAAAUCAAAACUCUAAAACUUGACCAAUUUUGUUUCUUGAUUCUAACCCACCAUUUCAUCUUAAGAAUGGCAUGAUUUGAUAAGGAUGGCUUAUGUGAAGUUUCGAUUUUUCAAUUAAACUAUCACAUGAAGUAA